UCGUUUGAAAGAGUGGAUGUUCUUCUUAGAUUCACACUUGUAUUGUGAAUGGUAUUGGGCAUUGUCCCUCACGCGCAACGCGCGUCAAAAAACUAGUUUAUUAAAUAAGGAUAUAUCAGAGGAACACAAACUUUCUUAAGUAAAAUCAAACAUCACAAAAUAACUUUACUAAGCAUGUUUUUUCCUUCCACAAAAGGAGCACAAAAAGGGAAUAGCUUAACUUGCCAGCGGCAUUCUGAUCUCCGUCCCCCGUUGUCAGAACAUAUUUUCACAUCAUAUCUAAGAUGAAAACUUUGGUAACACAGAUGUCUACCGAUUUGCUGAUCACGUAACUCAAUUUUUCAAAGCCCAUGCAGUUUGUGAAGUCACUGAAUCCUUCACUUGGUAGCCUAUUCACUUCCAAUCAUAGAACAAUGCCUCCAUAAUUUUCUCAAGAUCUUGAACCUUAACCCUAUUAUUGAAAGGUUUUACUAAUAAUGUUUGAUUGGUUGUUCCACCAAGCCAUAUCUGAUAACUGUUUGGACCAUCAAUGACCAAUCCAAGCUCAGCCAUAUAUGGUGUAGCAGAGCUAUUAGAUUAGCUAGUUACCCUUACCACAAUAGAUUAAUUAUGCUCUAUGCCAACCGUCACACGCAUAGCUCGAGACUCACUCAUAUUCCUCACAGAUGCAUCAACAUUUAGCUUUAUCCUAGCCACUGCAAUUCUUCACCAGACCACUCUGCUGCUGCAUUUUCAACUCACAUCAUUUGCAACAUCACCAUCCUUCAUAGGCUGCUGCUGGACUGCUCUCCAUCCCUCCAGAAACAUGAUUGCCACCGAGAGAACCGGUGCACUGGUCCUACUCCCUUCACCUACCUUCUCAUUAUGGGCGCACCACAAACUCCAACAUACCAUAAUCAGUAAAAAACAAUGCUAUAUGUUCCUGGCUGAGAAGUUUAUUUCAACCCACUCCAGGAAUGACAACCCCCUUCUCCACCCAACACCCAUCUUUGUGCACUCCAAUCAUUCCUUUCCAGCGAGCAAGUGAUAAACUGGUGAUAUGUACUGUCCUCUCCCUUAGAACAAAGGCUGUAUAAGGAUGGGCAGUCUACAUGCCUGCUUAUAAGACGAUUCCUCGUUGGUAGACUCUAGUGCACACCUGCAUGAGAAGGCUUUCAACCUUUGAUGGAACAUUUAAAUGCCACAUCUGAGUCCUGUGAGACCUUAUUAGCUGUCUAAAUAUGUAAUAAUCAAAGCACCACCUCAGAUCACUCAGCAAGAGUUCAGUGAUAGCCUCUAACAACAUUCUCACGGAGACUUCAAACUCCAAAGCAUUGAAACCACCAUUCUUAGGAAGACUUGAUUUUAAAAACAUAUGCGCCGUUAACGUUCUAAAAAGUACACUUUCAUUUCAAAUAAAUCAUUGUCAAAUAAAUCUUAAGCUAUAUGGAAAAUUCAAAAUCAACCCUUGUGAUUUCUUUUAUCAAAUACAAAGCAUUAAUCAUAUUAAUUGAGAAUUUAUUUUUCACAAUCAAAUCCUCUCCACUUGAACAUCAUAGAAAAAGGAAAAAUAACUUUCUCCCUUAUUAUCAUCCAAAUAAUAUAAGAAAAAAGGCUGAGAACACUGAUAAAUCAUUCUGAGAAUACGGAUUAAUGAUCAAAACACAUUUUUUAGCAUCACAAAGUUAAGUGUCUAGACUCUAGGGUGUUGUAACCUUCAUUUAAUCUAACAUUAGAACUCUCAAUUAGUUCCCGUUCAAUAGACAUCAGUUUUGUCUCCCGUUUAUUUUUAUGUAUUAUUUUAUGGAAAAUGCUAACCAUGAUGAUAUAAUACACUUAGUAUUUUUAAGUGACAUUCACUAUUUGAAUGAUUAAUGUAGAGUUUUGAUAAACGUGUUUUAAUGAAAUACCGAGUAAUAAAAAAAUUAUUUGACGAUUUAGUUAAUUAAUAAUAUUAGGAACACUCUUCUCAGACUUGAGCUUUAACAUCCCUAAGGGCUGUACUUAGAAGGUUCCUUAUUUUAUUUUAUUUAAUUUCUUAAUCCUAUAAUUUAAAUAAAUUUUUAAUAAUUCAGUUAUUAUAUGUCACAACAUCAACAAUUUCUCUUGAUUCAGCAACUUCUCAUAUUUUGAACCUUACCAAAUAUGUUGUAAAUUUGUUAUCUCCAUUAAAUGCAUUUGAACAAAUUCUGGAACCUUCAACAUUUCAUCCCUGACCAAAAAAUUGAAUAUCAGUUUCAUUGCUAAACCUGAUGCUAAAACUGCUUAGAUUGAUUUGGAAAUCAAACCGGGUAAAAUAAAACACUAAACUUGCAAACAAAAUACACACACAUGAAGUAAUUGGCAGAUUUUCCUCCUUAUGUUCACCAUUGCUCAAAGCAUGUUGUCGUUCUGAAACGUAGUGAUUACAUCCUUUUAAAUAUUUGUUCAGCAGCCCAUGUUGAAAUAAACUACUGUCUGAUGAUCACACACAAUUCAAGCGGCAAAUUAUGAUGCACAAGACACCGUUUGCAGAAUUCAAAGUCUUAAAUCAUGAAAUCAAAAGCUAAUGAAUAAAUGACAAGCCUAUGCAGCGGUUUGGAAGCAAAAGCACACAAUUUUCCAAACAGAAGCAUCGAUUCAAUGGAAUCAAUUGAGUACAUAGCAAUUACCAAAGAAGAAUGGAGACCACAUUUGAUGAACCGUUGAGCGCAUGGAUGGACUCUCAUAUGGGCUGGGAGCCUAGGAAUGGUAAUGUUAUUAUUGUUUUUACUGCUUAUAGUUAUUUACUAUUUAAAUCAGUUAUUACUAUGGUGCUUCCUUUUUAUUAGGACUAGUCUACGUACAGCACUUGGAUAAUGCCAAGUUUUUAGGAGCAGUUUUUCCCCUUCUAUGUAUUUAUGUUUACAUCUAUGAAGAAAUACGGGAGUUUGGCCAAUUACUUUACUCUUCUUCUUCUGCUCACUCUUUCUCUUUGUCUUUGAGAAUUCUUUCUUCUGCUACUGAAGCAAUUCAGCCCAGGGAUUUAUCAACAUUAAAGUUACAAGCUAAAGUGUUCUCUUGUUUUCAGUGUUUACUUACUUCGUAGAGAGGACACAACAGCUAACAAACUUAAUACGAAACUUGAUCAGAUUAACGACACCUUAUGCAACAAAUAAAAAAGGUAAAAGUAUUCCACAGUGCCCUUUUUAAUCCUUCCAACAAAAAACGGGAAAACCAAGAAAAGAAAAUUGUCUUUUAUGUGUAAUUUUCCUUGGACCAGAAAGGAAUCUUUACUUUGUUUUCAAACCCACAAAAAUGACAAAUUUUACUUUAAUCAAGUGAAUUGUGAAAAAAUGUGAUUAUGGAUGCUUAAGAAAUAAAAUGUCAGGUUUGAACAGAGUAUUAGAUUAUACGCAAAAGCCCAUUUUGAAGCCAAAGAAAGUCAAUAGAAUCAAAACCACACACUUUUUUCUGGUAGUAAAAUUAGUGGAAUCACAUAAGAUUCAAGUUAUACCCCUUCCUAUAUUAAGCUGGUCACAUACAUGCUUCUUAGGGCCACAACACGAAAACAGGUCGGGGGAGUUAUGGCACGAAUGGAAGCACCUGGGUGAUAGUCUGAUAGACUAAUAGCAGGCCGGCGUUCGGACUUCGGAGCGCUGAAGACGGAUAAAACCGAAGGUGUAUACAAGAUUACAAGCGAGGAUGAUAGAAGCAGACGAAACGGAUGGGUGACGCAAAUAAAACACGAACUUAAGAG